AUGUGCCAAACGGAAAGCAAUCAAGAGUCUGGUGCAUUACGUGUGAAACGAUUGAGUGAGUGCGCUACGUUGCCUCUCCGGUCUUCAGAGCACGCGGCGGGCUACGACCUCUUUGCCGCUGAGAGCGUCGAGAUUCCACCAGGAGGCCGCGCGCUCGUCCGCACUGACCUAGCAGUUGCCGUACCUGUCGGCACGUAUGGCCGUGUUGCACCUCGUAGCGGGCUGGCUCUGAAGCACGGUAUCGAUCUCGGCGCUGGAGUAGUGGAUCAGGACUACCGCGGGAACCUCGGUGUUGUGAUUUUCAACCUGGGCGAGGAAUGCUUCCAGGUCGAAGUUGGGAUGCGGAUUGCUCAGCUUAUUCUGGAACGGAUCGAGACACCACCAGUUGUGGAGGUGGCCGAGCUGGAGGAAACGCAACGCGGCUGCAAGGGUUUCGGGAGCACCGGCCGGUAG